AUAGAGAAAACGAGAGAGACACAGAGAGAGUGAGAAGGGAAUCAAGAGCCUCGUUCUGAAAGUUAGACGGCCAUUAAGUUGUAUCAUCAUGUUUGGUGGAUCAUCUCCUAUCAUUGUUCUUAAUCAGAAUACCAAACGUGAGUCUGGUCACAAGGUACAGUUUGGUAAUAUCAAGGCCGGUAAGUCCAUUGCUGACAUUAUCCAGACAUGUCUAGGACCAAGAUCCAUGUUGAAGAUGUUGAUGGAUCCAAUGGGAGGAAUUGUCAUGACAAAUGAUGGCAAUGCUAUUCUCAGAGAGAUCACUGUCCAACAUCCAGCUGCUAAAUCCAUUAUUGAAGUAGCCCGUACUCAGGAUGAAGAAGUUGGUGAUGGCACCACAUCUGUUAUCGUUCUCACUGGAGAAGUGUUGAAUGUGGCCAGUCCCUUCCUUGGUGAACAAAUGCAUCCAACUGUCAUCAUCAGUGCUUUCAGGCGUGCUCUUGAUGAUAUUUUGGAAAUAAUGAAGGCUAAGAUAGGUGUUCCAGUUGAUGUGAAUAAUGAUGCGGAACUGUUGAAAAUCAUUAAAAGUUGUAUUGGGACCAAGUUUAUGAAACAAUGGUCUGAGUUGGCUUGUAAAAUGGCAUUGACUGCUACUAAAAUAGUCCUGGUUGAAGAAAAAGGAAAGAAAGAGAUUGAUAUAAAGAAUUUUGCUAAAGUUGAAAAAAUUCCUGGUGGUUGCAUUGAAGAUUCUUGUGUAUUGCAAGGAAUUCUAUUGAACAAAGAUGUCACACAUCCUAAAAUGAAGAGAAAAAUAGAAAACCCUCGCAUUCUGUUACUUGACUGUUCGUUAGAAUACAAGAAGGGAGAAAGCCAGACCAACAUUGAAAUCACUGCCGAAGACGAUUUUGCAAAUUUAAGUACUCUGGGACUUAAUGAGUUAAUGAGAAUCUUUGGAAAACUAACUUGGAAAGUCCAGACUGGACAACCAUUUUUUGAUAAUCUGUUUCCUUCUCAUGAAUUUUCUCGUGUUUUAGGAUCUGCCUGUUUGCUAAUCAAACUUUCCUCCAUCGACAGACCCCCUCCUCAUUCCUUGAUGUUGGCUUUCAUUUCACUUGGUUUGUUAGUGCAUCUCUCCUUUCCAAUGACGCUUUUCAUUCUUGAUAUCCUGCACUUUGCAAAUACCAUUCGUUUUUGCUCCUCUCCUUUCUCUGUUUCAUUUCACAUUUCUCUUUUUUCUUUUUGUUAUAACAGAGCUUCUGGUGCCACAAUUGUUAGCCGAACCGAAGAAAUCAAGGAGGAAGAUGUUGGUACCGCAUGUGGACUUUUUGAAAUUAAGAAGAUUGGUGAUGAGUACUUCACAUAUUUAAUUGAUUGUAAAAAUCCCAAAGCUUGUACCAUGGUAUUACGUGGCGCUAGUAAAGAUAUUCUUAAUGAAGUGGACAGGAAUUUACAAGAUGCUUUAAAUGUUACUAGAAAUGUAAUCCAGGAACCAGUUUUGGUACCAGGAGGUGGUGCUACAGAAAUGGCCUUAGCACAUGCAUUGAAUGAGAAAGCAAAGAGUAUAGUAACAGUGCACCAAUGGCCAUAUCGUGCUAUUGCAAAGGCUUUGGAGAUUAUCCCUUCCACCUUAAUCCAGAACUGUGGCGCCAGUACUAUCCGUACUCUUACAGCUCUCAGGGCUAAACAUGCUCAGCCCAACAGUACCAGUUGGGGAAUUGAUGGAGAGACUGGUGAGGUUGUAGACAUGAAACAAUAUGGUAUCUGGGAACCGUGUGCAGUCCGUGCUCAGACAUUCAAGACAGCCAUUGAGACUGCCAUAUUGUUACUGCGUAUUGAUGACAUUGUUUCUGGUGUGAAGAAAGCAGAGAGCAAAGGUGGUGCUAGUAGGCCUCCACCCCCUGAUGCUCAGCCAAAUGAAUAAAAACCAACACCAUUCUAGCUUCUAUCAUGCUUUUUCCUCUUAACUCCAAGACAUUUCUUUGUAUUGAUAUACUUUUGACUUUUUUUUUUUUUUUUGUAAUUCUAAAUUCAUGUCGACCACAUGAAGAUUGCAUCCAACCAUAUAACAAUGCUUAUCUUAUAUAAUCUGUGAUUCCAUCAGAGUUUAAUUCUUUCAUCAAUGUAAUCAAUGUUCCUAACAAUGUUGAGGAACAUUUCAAAAUGCUACAAUAAAAACAAAAAAACAAGUUACACUGACA